AAUAAACAAUGGUAGAAAUUGAGAAAUUGUCAAGCGAGGAGUAGAACGAAGAAUGAUUAAGCUCCUUUGAAGGAUUUAUUGUUUCCGGUGUUAGUUGGAUUUAGAUCUUCCAUAGAAUUUCCAGCUGACAGGUGACAAAAGUCAACAAACAUGGCGGAGGACCGCGGUGUCAUAAAUAUUUGUUUCAACCAAGAUUAUAGUUGUUUUGUAUGUUCUACAGAAUCAGGGAUCAGGAUAUAUAACACAGACCCCCUGACACAUAAAUUAAGAAUAGGUGCUGAAAAUGUGGGAAGUAUAGGGUACGCUGAGAUGUUGUUUAGAACUAAUUUACUUGUUAUUGUUGGAGGCGGAAAAAUUCCUAAAUUUGAUGAAAAAGCAGUAUUAGUGUGGGAUAUGAAAGGUAAAGAUGAAAAAGAAAGUAUUUUAAUGGAUAUUACAUUCUCUCAACCAGUUGUUGGUGUUAAAGUCUUAAGAGACAGACUGAUUGUGAUUCUAAGAAAUCAAGUCCAUGUUUUCUCUUUUCCUAACGAACCACAGAAACUUUACACAUUUUCUACUGGAGACAAUCCUAAAGGUUUAUGUAGUGUCAGUUGCUAUGGUAAAAUUUUAGUUUUUCCAGGAAUAAAAUGUGGUAGCGUUCAAAUUGUGGAUCUGGAAACAACCCAGCCUAGUCAAACAGUAUCACCAGUCACUAUUAAUGCUCAUCAAAAUGCAUUGGCCUGUUUAACAGUGGAUCAGAAGGGAACCUUAAUAGCAACAGCAUCCAGAAAGGGUACAUUGAUAAGGGUGUUUGAUCUAUUGUCUAAGAAGUUAGCAGUAGAACUAAGACGAGGUGCAGAUCCAGCCAUGUUAUAUUGCUUAUCAUUUAGUCCAGAUUCGUCAUUUCUCUGUGCAUCAAGUGAUAAAGGAACUGUUCAUAUAUUUGCUGUAAAAGACACCAGUUUAAACAAAAAAUCAAAGUUUCAGAAAAUGGGAUUUUUAGGACCGUACGUUGAAUCAUUAUGGGGUCUAGCAAGUUUUACUGUUCCAGCUGAGAGAGCAUGUGUUUGUGCCUUCAGUUCUAACCAAUCAGUCAUAGCUGUAUGUGUGGAUGGAACAUUUCAUAAAUAUGUAUUUAACACAGAUGGUAAUUGUAACAGAGAGGCUUAUGAUGUUUAUUUAGAUAUGGGGGACAUAGACUGAUAUGUAUUUAAAUCAAAUCAUUAUAUCUUAAACUGGAUAAUUUGUUGGGUAGACUUGUUACAUUUGUGAUAGAAAUUUUAUAAUUUUACAUGCCCAAUAAACAUUAUUAUUUAUGUGGACUCGUUCAGUAAGUCAUGUUGAGUUUACAGACCAAAUUGACAUUUAAAUUUAAAGUGACGUGAACAUUUGAAGAGUAUGGCACGAUGACAAUCCUAAACUGCCAUAUACGUUUUGUGGACUCUGUAAAAGAGAUGCCUAGUAGGCAAACCAAAAUGACAUUAUUAGCUAUGUGUAUGUGGUUUCUUUUAAAAGGAUACCAAGUUGACAAACCUAGCACUAGAGAAGUUCCAGGUGUUCUGAUAUGGACGAAGUUUUUGCAAUAAUCAUAAAGAUUUUCACUGUUAAAAUAGUGCUCAAUGCAUUAACAGCAGAGGGAUGUAUAGAAAUAUUAAACUGAACCUGAAAGAGUUGUAAUUUAGACUUUUUUUGUCUGUGUGAUCUGUUUUAACCUGUGUAUCUAAAUAAGUAAAAUUCUUGUGAUUGCACUUGUAUGUUGUUUUAAUUAAUAAAAAUUAUUGUACAUUAUAAA